GUUAUAGAUGGUUAUGUAAAUGAAAUUUAAAAAAAAUCUGUAUCUAGGAUAAUUCAUGUUGAAAUGAUAAAAUAACUGACAGGAUAUUUAUUGUUUACUUUAAUUCUAUUCUAGUGGCUUCUUUUUGUUUGAAAAAAAAAUAUCGGUUCUCAAUUAAUGUUGCAUCAACGCCAAUGGAAUUUAAUAACUAAUAAUAAUAAUAAUAAUAAUCAUCUUAUAGAUUAAUAAAAUAAUUAUCAUCAUCGUCAUCAUCCCCAUCAUCAUUACUAGUGCUCAGGGUUAUCAAUUAGUGAAUAAUACAAUCAUUAUUAAUAUACUUAUUAUGCAAUCGAAUAAAUGUCGAAAAUUUAUUUUAUUAUGCGAUAAUGGAUAAUUUAUUUGGUUAGUUACAAUCAUAAACUUAACAAAUUGUUCCGUGUUUUUUUUUUUUUUCACACGUAAACUGUAUCUCUUUAUCGGAUAAAGAAAAUAAAAGGCUUUAACAUUAUUACAUUCACUAUUGAUGAUAUUACCCGGAAAUAAUUUCGAUCCAAAAGGAGUCUAUGUGUGUGUGUGUAUGUGUGUGCGUUUGCUUUAUUUUUAUUUUUAUUUUUUGAUCAGUAAUUUAUGAAUGAACUAAUGAAAUAAAACAAUGAACCGAUUAUAUUGGUUAAUUAUAACCGAUUAAAUCAUAACUUCAUGCCAUACAUUAUUUAACACAUAGAUACAUUACACAAACAUUAUGGAUGCUAAUAAUGCAUUGAAAUUAGGAAGAUUAUUUCGUGUGCCUUAUGGUGGAGAAGGGGUGGAUUUUAUAGAUCAAUUAAAUUAUCAAUUUACAAGUGGUAUAAUUGUAUUAUUUAUUGUUAUGAUUGGAUUUCGUCAAUAUGUUGGCAAACCAUUACAUUGUUGGGUACCACAAGAAUUCACAAGUUCAUGGGAAGAUUAUGCUGAAAACAUUUGCUGGGUACAAAAUACUUAUUUUCUUUUACCAAAUGAAGCUAUACCAGAAGAUGAUUUUGAAAUGUUAAGAGUACGACAUAUAUCAUAUUAUCAAUGGGUAGCAAUUAUAUUAGCUGGACAAGCUAUGAUGGCAUGGGUACCGCAUGUAUUAUGGCGAGUUUGGUCAAAACGUGUACCUGUUCUGUUAAAAAAUGCACGUGAAGCUGCUGUACCUGAUAAAGAAGUAAGACAUAAAGCUAUUAGUUGUCUUGUAGCUGCAUUAGAAGAAAUUUCUGAAGCAUCAAAACGUUAUCGACGUACUCGGGGAAUAUUUCAACGUUGUUUAGGUGGUCCACCACCGACUACACGUAUUACAUUAUUAUUUCUAAUUGUACGUAUAUUUUUUAUUGCAAAUAAUAUUGGACAAAUUUAUGUUAUGAAACAUUUUAUUGGAACAAAUGAUACAUUAUUUGGUUUACAUGUAUUUCAAGAAUUAUUAAUCGGUAGUGAAUGGGAAGUUAGCGGUUUAUUUCCACGUGUAACAUAUUGUGAUGUGAAAGUUAGAAAAUUGGGACAAUUAAAACCUGCAUCAUAUACACUACAAUGUGUUCUUCCAGUAAAUUAUUUUAUUGAAAAAGUAUAUAUAUUUCUAUGGUUUUGGUAUCUAUUAAUGGCAUGUUUAACAAUAUUAAAUACAUUUAUAUGGAUUAUAAAAUUAUGUUUACCAUAUCGUCGUGUACAAUUUAUACGUCAAUAUUUAAAAGCAUUAAAACAAUUAUCACAUACAGAAGAAACAGAAUGUGCACGAUUUGUUAAUAAUAAUUUAGGAUGGGAUGGUAUAUUUUUAUUACAAGCAGUUAGUAAAAUAUCAAGUGAUUUAAUUGUACUUGAUGUAACUGGUAUGUUAUGGAGUAAUUAUCAACGUGCUAAAAUUACUGGAACUGAAGAAAAUAUUGGACGAUUUAUUGAAAGUAUCAAUCGUGUUUAAAAAAAUAAAUUGUAUCAAAAUAAACUUCUUCUUCUUUUUCUCCUUGUUUUUGGUAAACAAAAUAUAAACAUAUCAAAAUGAUUCUUUCUAUAAAAGUAAUAUUUAUUAUCCUGUGAUUUAUUUAUACAGAUGACUAAUAAGUCUAUCUCUCCUUCCCUCCCUCUCUCUCUCUCUCUCUCU